UCCAAAUCUCGCUACCUUUUACACGACUCAAACUUCACCAGCCUAAACUUAUAAACACGAUCUGCAACCAUCAAACUGACAGUUUUACAACAAUGGCUCCCCCUCGCCGCGCUCUCAUCUCCAUCACCUCAGCUCAUGCCAGUCUCUUCGACGGCAAGGAGACUACGGGUCUCUUUAUCAUCGAGGCCCUCCAUCCUUAUAAUGUCCUGACGGCCGCCGGCUUCGAAGUUGACUUCGCCUCUGAGACCGGCACCUACACGCCUGACUGGCUGUCUCAGCAGCCCGACUUCCUCAAGGGCGAUGAUCUUGCCACCUGGAACGACCUGAACAGUGACUUCCGUAAGAAGCUGGACAACAUGCCCAAGGCUGCCGACGUUGAUGGCUCCAGGUAUGGCGUCUUCUUCGCCUCGGCUGGCCACGCUUCCCUGAGGGACUAUCCCACCGCAUCUAACCUCCAAAACAUCGCCGCCCAGGUCUGGGCCAAUGGUGGCGUUGUCUCCUCUGUGUGUCACGGUCCGGCCAUCUUCGCCAACCUGAUCGACCCGGCCACCAACGAGCCCCUGAUCAAGGGCAAGACCAUUACCGGCUUUACAACUGAGGCGGAGAACACUAUGGGCAUUAUGGGGGAGUUGCGGAGCUGGAAGACUGAGAUGGUAGAGGAGACAGCCGAGAGGUUGGGUGCCACCUGUAAGUUCAAACACUGCGAGAACCAGGAGUCGCCCGGACCAAAACUAACCUCAUCCUAGACAAGCGUGCACCUGGUAUCUGGGAUGACUUUCAUAUCGUCGACGGGCGCCUCGUCACUGGUCAGAACCCUGCCAGCUCUCUGUCGACUGCCAAAGCAGUAGUUGAGGUUUUCGAUAAGCUGUGAUGGAAAAUGGAUUAAUUUCUUAGGUAUUCGGGGCUUUGUCUGAAUGUUAUUCAAUUACACCCACUUGAUAGUAUGUACGCGUUCAAAUACAACGGCGUCAGACAGCAAAACGGGUGAAAGCGAAGUUGAAAAAUCACAAUAGUAUUAUGUGACUAAUAUGGACUAUUAUGUGUUAUUAUGUGCCAGUUUUGUCCCG